GUUUCACGGCCACGGCCCCGCCCACCGCGCGGUGUUGGGGCGGGUUCCCGAGUGGGCAGCACCGGAGCGGCGCUCGCGGCGCGCCAUGGCUGGGCUGCUGGCACUACUUGGCCCGGCGGGAAGAGUGGGCGCCCGGCUACGGCCCCAGGCCCCUUGGCUCCUGGGAGCCGCCACCCCCUGCGCUCCACCGCUCUGGGCCUUGGCCUUGUCCCGCCCGGGGCCGGACGCCCGGCUGCUGCACACGGCCCGCAGGGACUGCCUUAGCCGCCAGGAGCCCAGCAGAAUCCCGGAGCCCGGAAGCAGUGCCAGCAGCCCAGAGAAAAAAAUAAGCAGAUCACAGCAGCUGAAGAAGGUUUUCCAAGAAUACGGGGCUGUGGGUGUGUCGCUGCACAUUGGGAUCUCGCUGGUCUCCUUGGGGAUAUUUUACACAGUUGUUUCCAGUGGCAUAGACAUGUCGGCAGUCCUGCUAAAGCUUGGCUUUAAAGAGUCGCUGGUGCAAUCCAAAAUGGCGGCCGGCACCAGCACAUUCGUGGUGGCCUAUGCCAUCCACAAGCUGUUUGCGCCCGUGAGGAUCAGCGUCACCCUGGUCUCUGUACCCUUCAUCGUUAGAUACUUCCGCAGGGUGGGACUCUUUAAACCUCCAGCCACCAAGCCGUGAUGAAGCCAGUCUCUUCAGAGCUACAGGAUUUGGGUUGGUUUCAGGGUGGGAUUUUUGGGGGCGGGGAGGAGCGCUGGGACUAAUUGCUGUGUUCCUUGUGGGUGGAUUUUACCUUUGCUAGCUGAAAUCAGGUGUUUUAAUUUACUUUUUUUUUAAUGCUGUUUCUCAAGAAGCCAUGUAUGUGACUUAAAAUGUCACCAGGGGUUCAAAAUGAGUUGACAGCCAGGAGUGGUGGUGCAGGCCAGUAAAGCCAGCCACUGAGGAGGCUGAGGCAGGAGGAUCUCCAAUUCAAACAGUGAAGAGAGGGCUGAGGGCACUGGCAGUAGAGCCCUCGCGUGGCACACAAAGGGCCUACAUUCGAUCCCAGUAAAAAACGAGACUGCCUACAAAAUGCUCCUUCUGGAUCAUUAGGCCGGAGUCCUGUCUGCAGCGCCCCACGGGGCUAACCUUUGCUCAGGUUCUUAAAAAGCAGUGGUUAAUUUGCUGGCUUUAAAACUUCCCCCUUCCCUCAUUGGUCACUGGCAGCAAGCUGUAGUUUAUCAAGCAGUAUUCUGCAGACAGCUGCCAGCCCUACAAUUAAUGAAGCAGAAAUUAACAAUCCGUAAUCACAAUCUACAUUGACAUCAAGCCCUUGGCAUUCACAACACUUGCUUGGGGAAAGCAAGCCAAGAACUCCCGGGUGCUUCACUGACUCCAGAGCACCUGAGUGGCUGGCUGUGAGGGGGCUGUUUGUCAGUUCAUUGAUACGGGGCAGUAUUGUUUGUAAAAUACAGAAAUGCUGCCGGUUGUAAUGUUAUCACUUGGCUUCUGAUGCCAAUAUUCAGGGGUACUCAGAUUCUCACAUAGAAGCUAAAAGCAUCCUAGCUUUCUUAGACAAUUCACGUAGCUGUCUAAAACUUGAAACAUUCCAGAGCUAACAUGAUAUUUACAAUGUGCCACUGUUUAAAUUUUUUUUUUUUUUUUUUUUUUUUUUUUUUUUUUUUUUUUUUUGGUUUUUCGAGACAGGGUUUCUCUGAGUAGCUUUGCUCCUUUCCUGGGACUCACUUGGUAGCCCAGGCUGGCCUCGAACUCACAGAGAUCCGCCUGCCUCUGCCUCCCGAGUGCUGGGAUUAAAGGCGUGCGCCACCACCGCCCGGCUAAAUUUUUUAACUGAAUUAAAUCAUAUGUAUGAAGUACUUGUACCACUUUCAAAAAAAAUGGAAAAUAUUGUUUGUUCUAAAUGGAAGACAACCACGAAGUACUACAAGCCAAGGAGAAGAGAGGUGUCUUAAUUAGGGUUCUAUUGCUGUGAUGAAACACCACAACCAAAAGCAAUUUGGGGAGAAAAGGGUUGAUUUCACUCACCGUUCUAUGUAACAGUUCAUCAUCAAAAGCAGUGAGGGCAGGAACCUGGAGGCAGGAGCUGAUGCAGAGGCCGUGGAGGGGUGCUGCUUACUGGCUUGCUCCUCAUGGCUUGCUCAGCCUGCUUUUUUACAGAACUCAGGACCACCAGCCCAGGGGUGGCACCAACCACAAUGGGCUGGGCCCUCCACAUCAAUCACUAAGAAGAUUCCAUAGAGACUUGCCUACAGCCCCCUCUUCUGGAGGCAUUUUCUCAGUUAAGGCUCCCUCCUCUCUGAUGACUCUGGCUGUGUCAGCUUCACAUAGAAGUAGGCAGCACCAGAGCUGGACAGGAGGAACUAGGGUCUACCAAGCAAGGGUAGGUGUAGGGGGAGGUUGGAGUAGAAACUAAAGCAGAGGCUUCCUGGAGGAGCAGCUGGAGCAGGGAUUGGCUCCAUCACUCAAGCCUCCCCUCUGGACAGGCUACCAUGGGGCGCUUGUUAUGUCAGACCCAAAGGAAGCUCCAAUUCCCCAAACCCCACGACAGUCCAAAUAUCCAGAAGUGGGUUCAACCUGGACUACAGGAUUUCUGGUGGUUAGAUAAAAGCCAACAUUCCUUAGGAACUUGUGAAACCGGUUCCCCUCUACCAAAAGGAGACAUUUCCCUUACCUCUCACAGAGGGACCUAUGGCUGCCUUUGGCGCCUAUCAGCAUAUUAAAGCUCAUGCUGGUAUCCAGUUACCUGAUACACAUUUCUAAGUCCUUGCUAGCACCCAAGCCCUUACCUCCUCCUCCACCCUAAACUGUCUGGGGCUCACAGGCUUCCCUUCCACCAGCUACUCUUCUUUGUGGCUUAGUGGCUGCUCUCACUAUUCUUGGCUCCUGCUACUCUGUGUUCUAUUUUCUCCCCUGCCAUUCUUCCCUCUCACAGGUAGCCCUGGUCAUAUCCAGUCUGCUGGCCAUGUUCAGUCUACUUCUCUUUGCUCUGGACUCCUCCAGAUGCCUCUGGCUGAUCUCUCUCAUAUCUACAAUAAAAACCUUCCCCUUACUUACCAUGUCAGUUUAUACAGUUCUACCCUGGGGAGCCAGUGUUUGAACUUGGAAGUCUGCACAGCUGCAUGGUGGGAAGGAUUGCAUUCAUUUUUCUUGCUCACAAUUCCUUUUAAGUGACUUUGACAAUCAGAAAACAAAAGAAAGCACUGCUAACCAGCAGAAAUGCAUUUUACAGAGAUCUGGCUGACAAUUUCUUAGCCCACAGUUACCCACAUCAUUUGUCUCAGUUAACAUUUAAAAGAAUUUUUGAGACAGAUUCUCCAUUCUUGAGAUCUUUAAAGUGGGAUAGCGUUGUUUUCCUCUUAAUGCAGCCCACAGCUAGAAGCUUUUACUGACUUAAAUGCCCUGUGUAGAUCCCCACCCAUCCUAGUCUCCCAUUCAGGUCCCUAAAUAACACCUAUGCAAAGAAACACAUUGAAAGUAGCAAUAAAACUAACCGUCCCCACAGCAUGUGUCUUCCAAGCCAAACUCCACUCAACGCCUGUACCCAGCAGCCAGAACCAGGGAUGAGCUGAGGGACUAAAGCACCAUUAUCAACCUACCAGCAAGACAAGCUGAUCUGCUCCUGUGUUAUCUUUCGUGGAACUGGAGCAGGGAAACUAUUUUAAAAUGUAAGCCAUUGUUUGCCUCUAGUUUUCUAAGGAGACCAAAUGAACAGCUUAGAUUCUGUGAAACAAAUAAAAAACCUUUGUAAAAUGA